AUGGUCCGUGUGCUCAUCACCGGCUCCGCUGACGGCCUGGGUCUCGAGGCCGCACGCCAACUGGUGAAACGCGGCCACACCGUCUACCUGCACGCGCGCAACGAGAAACGCGCAGCUGAUGCGAAAGCCGCCUGUCCCGGCGCUGCUGGAGUGCUCAUCGCCGAUUUAUCUAAUCAGGCUGAAAACCGCAGGCUUGCCGAUGAAGCCAACGCGAUCGGCCAGUUUGAUGCCGUCAUUCUCAACGCCGGCAUGAUGUCCGGGCCGUUCCGCAAGACUCCGGACACUGGUAUCCCCGCCAUGGUGUUUGUCAAUGUUGUUGCACCAUAUAUCCAGACCUGCUUGUUGCGUCGUCCUAAGCGACUAGUAUACAUCUCGUCGCAGUUGCACCGCCAGGGUGACGCUAGUCUGGAGGAUAUCUUCUGGCUCAAGCGCGGCGAAGCAAGAUUCCGUGACUUCCCGGCGUACUGUGACUCGAAAUUGCAUGUCCUUCUGCUUGCAAAUGCCGUGGCCAGAAGAUAUAAAGAUGCCUCCGUGGUCAGCGUACACCCAGGCUGGGUAGCCACCAAGCUCGGGGGCCAAGGGGCAACUGAUAAACUGGAAGAUGGGGUAGAUACUUAUGUGAUGUUGGCAGAGGGGGAUUACGACCAAAGCCUGACCGGAAAGUACUUUGAGCCAAAGAGAAUACUUGGACGUCCGUUGCCAGUUUCAGAGGACAUCAACUUGCAGGAGAAGGUGGUCAAGGCUUGCGAAGAGGUGACUGGUCUGAAGCUUCCCGCUUAA